UACACGAAGAUCUAAACUCAAGACUCCGGCGUUGAUAUAAUAAACUGCAGAAAUCAUCACAAGAUGAUCAGUUUGCCUAAUUUUUUUAGCCAACAUUAGGAAUGGUGUCAGAACUUUUAGCAUUUUUAUCAUUCUGGCAAGUGACUACAGUCCACCUGGAAAAGUCUGUGCCCCAGUGCUCCUGGCACAGCAUUGAGGACACAGACAUCUCGUGGUGAAAUGGCAGUAAGGGAAGCCAAACCAAAUCUCAGCCAUGCACAGGUAUCUGAGCUUGUCAGACGCCUGUACUGCCUGACUGACUCGGAGAUACACCCCCUUCCAAGUUAUGAGGACCAGAAUUUCUUCGUGUCUGUGAGCGAAGGUGGGGAGUAUGUGCUCAAAGUAAUGAACUCCACAGACAGCCAGAACCCCACUCUGUUGGAGUUGCAAACCCAUGCCAUGAACUUCUUACUCCAGAGAGGGCUCCCCGCUCAGACUGCCAUUCCCACAAAGACAGGAGUCCUGAUGAGUCUAGAAGAGAUUGACUGUGGUUUUGGGCCUCGGAAAUACUUGGUACGCCUAUUGACGUAUUUACCUGGUACAAUUAUUGCCAAGAUUCCGAGCUCUCCCGCCAUCCUCUAUGAAGUUGGAAAAAUGGCUGCCACCAUGGAUAAUGGCUUCCAAGAGAUGGAGCACCCGAACCUGAGUGUCCUUCAGAGGGACACCUUCAACGGGGGUCUGGCCCAAAUCCCCCUACUGGAGAAAUGGCUCUCUGCCAUAGAUGGGGACCCCAUGCAACAGGUGGUCAAAGAAAUCAUUGCUCAGUUCAAGGCAGAGGUUGUUCCCAAGAUGGCCAACUUCCGCAAAUGUAUAAACCAUGGAGAUUUCAACGAUCAAAACAUUCUGGUAAUGCAGGACGACCAGUCCCAGUAUAAAAUAUCGGGCAUCCUAGACUUUGGCGACAUGAGCAGUGGCUACUACAUCUUCGAGCUGGCCAUAACCAUCAUGCACAUGAUGAUCGAGAGCACGACUCCUGUGGACGUUGGCGGCCAUGUUCUGGCAGGUUACGAGAGCGUCUUCCCCCUGAACGAGGCCGAGAGAGACUGCCUCUUCCUGCUGGUGCUGUGCCGAUUCAGCCAGUUACUAGUACUGGCCCGCUACGCUGUGCUGCAGCAACCCGAGAAUGAGGAGUACCUGGCACUCUGGUACUCUCGCCCUGGGAUCAAAUACCUGAGCCUACUCUGGGAGCUCGGCAAGCAGGAGGUGGAGAGGACCUGGUUCGAGUGUGCCAAGAUGUACAGUGACCAACAUUAAUAAAGACAGACAGACACACGCACACGCACACACACACACACACACACACACACACACACACACACACACACACACACACGAAACAGACAUGGUAGAAGUACAGCUCCAGGCCACUUUAGGGUCAUUUCACGUGAAAUCAGACACUUUGGGACCCGACCGACACCAAUUUCAAUCAUACUUGCUGUGCCUGUUUAGUAGCAAGGUAGCACCCCAGAACUACAUUUCUGUGAAUCUGAC